AUGAACUACUACGCAGCAGCGCCAAGGGUGUUUGGCCGAGCUCUUCAGUCACACAUGCGCCCAUGGGCAGUCGCAGCAAGCGUUGCUAUCUCGUCACGGCACAUCAUGCACUCGACGUCUCGUCUCGACAAGUGCUGUGCGUCAAAGAAGCAAAACGCCGUGCCACCGGGCAUUCGGCCCGAACCAGCGAUUGGCUUCUGGUCGUCGCGACCAACAUGGCACAGGGCCUCCCUCAACACACUCCGCUGCCUCGUCGGGUGCACGACAGGUGAUUUUAGCGCCAUGUGGCUCCUCCAGGCACACAACCCUGAGCUGGGCAUGCCCACCAUCAUGGCCAUCUCCAUGGCGGCCGGGAUAUCGACUUCCAUGGUGCUGGAGACGGUGCUGCUCCGUCUCGGUCGCGAUGGCCUCUCCUGGCCAGCGGCUGCGAAAACUGCUGCGGGCAUGAGUCUCAUCUCCAUGAUUACAAUGGAGCUUGCUGAGAAUGUCGUCGACUAUUCUUUGACGGGCGGCGCGGUGGCAUUCGACUCGCCUACGUUCUGGCUGGCUGCGGCGGUGUCCAUGGGUGCUGGGUUUCUCGCGCCGCUGCCGUACAACUACCACCGUUUACGAAAGUAUGGCAAAGCGUGCCACUGA